AUGCCUUCCACUGUCCAUUGUGACUCGUGCCGUCCAGCAUCCCCUUGCUGCGUGCCUGCUGUCGUUCGCCCGCGUUCCCUCCUUACCCCACUGCUCUCCCUCCUACCCUACCCUGUCAUUCCGCCGCCCCAUCUCUCUAUCAGCGAUUUCAUUCUCCCCUCUUGCGUCCGUCUUCCCCUGCCCAUGCACCUCCUUCCAUAUCCUCGCCUGCCAUCUCUCUCUCUCCACCCUCGCCCACCACCCAUCACAGUGCGGCUCCCCGUCCUCACACCCCGCCCAUGCCUCUUCCCUCCCCUGUCUCCCCUUCCCCCUGCCCUGCCUCUUCCCCUGCCCCUGCCCCUGCCCCUGCCCCUCCCCGUUCCCAUGCCCCGCCGCCCUCUCCCAUGCUGCCCCUCUCUCCCCACCUCCGCCACCACACAUAACAGCAAGGGCGGUGCUGCUGAGGGACCAUGCAGCACUCGUCACGCUCGUGCUCCUGCGUCCCUGCUUGCACUGCUAGGCGUCGUGUACAGUGCACUCAUGGCUGUGCUCUGCAGUGACUGCAUCACAGAGAGGCACGCGCACGUCUUGCACAGAGGCCAACUUACCAAGGAAUUUGUGGUGGUGGACUUGAGCAGAUGCGCUGAGCCCAAGCCCCUGCCUCCGGACUUGGUGCAAGAGCUAUCUGCCCUUGGCCUCAUGUGA